AUGGAGAAACUCGCUGGACGGUGCCAGGUGCUGCAGACUGCUGUGACGGGCCAAGUACGACUGUCCAUCUCAUCGGUGGCUGGAGUCUCGACCUCUGUCGUCCUUCACUCAUCCAAGCUCGUCUUUGACAUGGGCUCGUUCGACUCGUUGCUCCCGGCGGCUGCCAUCUUGGGCGCUUCUGUGGUUCUCUGCAGUCAUGGGCAUCUUGAUCAUUCGUCUGGAGUCAUUCAGCAUGCGUCGCGCCGGUCACUGAUGAACAGAUCAAGCACGUCGACGUAUGUGGUACCGGCUGGUCCGGCCGAGAACGCCAUGCAGGCGUACUUUGAGUCGGCAGAGCUGCUCACCGACUCGCCUCUGGGCGCCACUGUUGUUGGCGCUGUUGUUGGCGAGAGCUUUGAUCCGCAUGCUCUCGCUGGUCUUGCCUCGCGUCGACUGCGUGUCACACCUUUGGAGGCCAUCCAUCGAGUGGAUGCCGUUGGCUAUCUCGUUGCUGAGGAGCGAUCGGCGCUCAAGGCCGAGUACAAGGCGGCCAUUGCUGACGGGAGCAUGGCGACAGCAGAUGUGGGCAGGCUCAAGCGCGAGGGCAUAGAGGUGACCGAAGCCAGCAUUGCCAAGAUCUUUGCCUACUCGGGCGACACGACGAUCGACUUUCUCACCAACGAGGCCAAUCUGGCUGCGCUUGACGGCGUCUCGGUGCUGGCGCUCGAGUGCACGUACGUGGGGACGUCGCCCAACACGACGCCGGCCAAGGCGCGUGAGCGCGGCCACGUGCACUUUGAUCACAUCGUUCAGGCCUACGCCGAUGGAAAUCGCGUGCUCCACUCGCUCGAUGCCCUUGUUCUCCUCCACUUUUCCGCCGCGCACUCAGCCGCGCAGAUUGUGGAAGACAUCGCCACUACCGCACCACCCGGCCUCCUCGACAAGCUCUGGCUCGCACUCCAUCCGUCACACGGCUCGCUUCCAGACGCAGUUGCGACUCCCGAGACACCAGCCGGAGCUAGCAGCUAG